GUGUUGUCAUCUGCGGAGCGACGGCCGGAGGCGGCGGCGUAGGCCCCGGCGGGGCGUUUGGUUUCGGUUUGGCCCUGACUUGAGUUAGUACUGACGGUCGAAAUGGGAGUCCCCAAGUUUUACCGAUGGAUCUCGGAGCGGUAUCCCUGCCUCAGCGAAGUGGUGAAGGAGCAUCAGAUACCUGAAUUUGAUAACUUAUACCUGGAUAUGAAUGGAAUUAUACAUCAGUGUUCCCAUCCUAACGAUGAUGAUGUUCACUUCAGAAUUUCAGAUGAUAAAAUCUUUACUGAUAUUUUUCACUACUUGGAGGUGUUGUUUCGCAUUAUUAAACCUAGGAAAGUGUUCUUCAUGGCCGUUGACGGUGUGGCUCCUCGAGCAAAGAUGAACCAGCAGCGUGGGAGGCGUUUUAGGUCAGCCAAGGAGGCAGAAGACAAAAUUAAAAAGGCAAUAGAAAAAGGAGAAACUCUUCCUACAGAGGCCAGAUUUGAUUCUAACUGCAUUACACCAGGGACUGAAUUCAUGGCCAGGUUACACGAACAUCUGAAGUAUUUUGUAAAUAUGAAAAUUUCUACAGACAAGUCAUGGCAAGGAGUUACCAUCUAUUUCUCAGGCCAUGAGACUCCUGGAGAAGGAGAACAUAAAAUCAUGGAAUUUAUCAGAUCCGAGAAGGCAAAGCCAGAUCAUGAUCCAAACACCAGACACUGUCUUUAUGGCUUAGAUGCUGACUUGAUUAUGCUUGGAUUAACAAGUCACGAGGCACAUUUCUCUCUUUUAAGAGAAGAGGUUCGGUUUGGUGGCAAAAAGACACAAAGGGUAUGUGCACCAGAAGAAACCACAUUUCACCUUCUACACUUGUCUUUAAUGAGAGAGUAUAUUGACUAUGAGUUUUCAGCAUUAAAAGACAAGAUCACAUUUAAAUAUGAUAUUGAAAGGAUAAUAGAUGAUUGGAUUUUGAUGGGAUUUCUUGUUGGCAAUGAUUUUAUCCCUCAUCUACCUCAUUUACAUAUUAAUCAUGAUGCACUGCCUCUUCUUUAUGGAACAUAUAUUACCAUCCUGCCAGAACUUGGGGGUUAUAUUAAUGAAAGUGGGCAUCUCAACUUACCUCGAUUUGAGAAAUACCUUGUGAAACUAUCAGAUUUUGAUCGAGAGCACUUCAGUGAAGUUUUUGUGGACCUAAAGUGGUUUGAAAGCAAAGUUGGUAACAAGUACCUCAAUGAAGCAGCAGGUGUCGCAGCAGAAGAAGCCAAGAACUACAAGGAAAAGAAAAAAUCAAAGGGCCAGGAAAACUCCAUAUGUUGGGCUGCUUUAGACAAAAAUGGAGAAGUGGUAACUUCUAAGGACAAUUUAGAAGAUGAGACUGAAGAUGAUGACUUGUUUGAAACCGAGUUUAGACAAUAUAAGAGAACAUAUUACAUGACAAAGAUGGGAGUUGACGUGGUUUCUGAUGACUUUCUGGCUGAUCAAGCUGCAUGUUAUGUUCAAGCAAUACAGUGGAUUUUGCAUUAUUACUAUCAUGGAGUUCAGUCCUGGAGCUGGUUUUAUCCGUACCAUUAUGCACCUUUCCUAUCUGAUAUCCGCAACAUCAGUACACUCAAAAUCCAUUUUGAACUAGGAAAACCUUUUAAGCCAUUUGAACAGCUUCUUGCUGUACUCCCAGCAGCUAGCAAAAAUUUACUUCCUACAUGCUACCAGCAUUUGAUGACCAAUGAAGACUCGCCAAUUAUAGAAUAUUAUCCACCUGAUUUUAAAACUGACCUAAAUGGGAAGCAACAGGAAUGGGAAGCUGUGGUUCUAAUACCUUUUAUUGAUGAGAAGCGAUUGUUGGAAGCCAUGGAGACAUGCAACCACUCCCUGAAAAAAGAAGAGAGGAAAAGAAACCAACAUAGUGAGUGCCUAAUGUGCUGGUAUGAUAGCGAGACAGAGUUCAGGUACCCCUCUCCGUGGCCAGAAAAGUUCCCUGCCAUAGGACGAUGCUGUGCAAGGUAUAAAAUAAUAUCAUUAGAUGCUUGGCGUGUAGACAUAAGCAAAAACAAAAUAACCAGGGUUGACCAGAAGGCAUUAUAUUUCUGUGGAUUUCCUACUUUGAAACACAUAAAACACAAAUUUUUUUUGAAGAAAAGUGGGGUUCAAGUAUUCCAGCAAAGCAGUCGUGGAGAAAACAUGAUGUUGGAAAUCGUAGUGAAUGCAGAAUCAGAUGAACUUAGUGUAGAAAAUAUAGCUUCAUCAGUGCUUGGGAAGUCUCUCUUUGUUAAUUGGCCUCAUCUUGAAGAAGCUAGAGUGGUUGGUGUAUCAGAUGGAGAAACUAAGUUUUACUUGGAAGAACCUGCAGGAACACAGAAGCUUUAUUUGGGAAGAACUGCUCCACCCUCUAAAGUGGUCCAUCUUGGAGACAAAGAACAAUCUAACUGGACAAAAGAAGUACAAGGAAUUUCAGAAUACUACCUGAGAAGAAAAGGAAUAAUAAUAAAUGAAACAUCUGCAAUUGUAUAUGGUCAGUUACUCACAGGUCGUAAAUAUCAAGUAAAUCAAAAUGGUGAAGUCCGUCUAGAGAAACAGUGGUCAAAACAAAUUCUUCCAUUUGUUUAUCAAACUAUUGUCCAAGACAUCCGAGCUUUUGACUCCCGUUUCUCCAAUAUUAAAACAUUGGAUGACUUGUUUCCUCCUAGAAGUAUGGUCUUUAUGCUGGGAACACCCUAUUAUGGAUGCACUGGAGAAGUUCAGGAUUCAGGGGAUGUGAUUACAGAGGGCAGGAUUCGUGUGGUUUUCAGUAUUCCAUGUGAACCCAAUCUUGAUGCUUUAAUACAAAACCAGCAUAAAUAUUCUAUAAAGUACAACCCAGGAUAUGUGUUGGCCAGUCGCCUUGGAGUGAGUGGAUACCUUGUUUCAAGGUUUACAGGAAGUAUUUUUAUUGGAAGAGGAUCUAGGAGAAACCCUCAUGGAGACCAUAAAGCAAAUGUGGGUUUGAAUCUCAAAUUCAACAAAAAAAAUGAGGAGGUACCUGGAUAUACUAAGAAAGUUGGAAGUGAAUGGAUGUAUUCAUCUGCAGCAGAACAACUUCUUGCAGAGUACUUGGAGAGAGCUCCAGAACUGUUUAGUUAUAUAGCCAAAAAUAGCCAAGAGGAUGUGUUCUAUGAAGACGACAUUUGGCCUGGAGAAAACGAGAAUGGUGCUGAGAAAGUUCAAGAAAUUAUUACUUGGCUAAAGGGACAUCCUGUCAGUACUUUGUCUCGUUCUUCUUGUGAUUUACAAAUUCUGGAUGCAGCUAUUGUUGAGAAAAUUGAAGAAGAAGUUGAAAAGUGCAAGCAAAGAAAGAAUAAUAAGAAGGUUCGAGUGACAGUGAAGCCCCAUUUGCUAUACAGACCUUUAGAACAGCAACAUGGAGUCAUUCCUGAUCGGGAUGCAGAAUUUCGUCUCUUUGACCGAGUUGUAAAUGUGAGAGAGAACUUUUCCGUUCCAGUUGGCCUUCGGGGCACCAUCAUAGGAAUUAAAGGGGCUAAUAGAGAAGCUGAUGUACUAUUUGAAGUGUUAUUUGAUGAAGAAUUUCCUGGAGGUUUAACAAUAAGGUGUUCACCUGGUAGAGGUUAUCGACUGCCAACAAGUGCCUUGGUGAACCUUUCUCAUGGGAGUCGCUCUGAAACAGGAAAUCAGAAGUUGACAGCCAUUGUGAAACCACAACCAGCUGUGAAUCACUAUAGCUCAAGUUCAUCAAUUUCAUCUGGGCAUUUGGGAGGUCUGAACCAUUCCCCUCAAUCACUUUUUGUUCCUACUCAAGUACCUGCUAAAGAUGAUGAUGAAUUUUGCAACAUUUGGCAAUCCUUACAGGGAUCUGGAAAGGUUCAACACUUUCAGCCACCUCUACAAGAGAAGGGUGCCGUUCUACCUCAAGAAAUAUGUCAAGUAACUCAACAUCACAAAUCUGGCUUUAAUGAGAACAGUGUUAAGCAAAGAAAACAUGAGCCUCACAGAAAAUUUAAAGAAGAGUGUAAGAGUCCUAAAACUGAGAGUCGGUCACAAAAAAUAUCAAAUAGGCAGCCUAAUCCUGGAAUUGAGAACUUCUUAGCAUCCUUGAAUAUCUCCAAAGAAAAUGAAGUACAGUCAUCUCAUCAUGAAGAGCCUCCAAGCGAAGAACAUUUGUCACCACAGUCAUUUGCUAUGAAGGGAACUCGGAUGCUUAAAGAAAUUCUAAAAAUUGAUGGCUCUGACACUGUGGACCAUAAGAAUGAGAUAAAACAGUUUGGUAAUGAAGUCACUGUUUCCUCUAAUAGAAGAGAUGAAUAUGGAUCUUCCUCACAGCCUAAACAAAGUAAGAAAUUAACAUCUUAUAUGAACAAGCCUCACAGUGCUAGUGAGUACCAUAACGUUCAGUCUGUGGACAAUGUGUGCUGGCCUGCUGCCAGCCACAUUCCUCCUGUGUCCACACCAGUAACUGAACUUUCUCGAAUUUGUUCCCUUGUUGGAAUGCCACAACCAGAUUUCUCCUUUCUGAGAACACCACAGACAAUGACAGUUUGCCAGGUAAAAUUAUCUAACGGCUUACUGGUACAUGGGCCACAGUGCCAUUCUGAAAAUGAAGCCAAGGAAAAAGCUGCACUUUUUGCUUUACAACAAUUGGGCUCCUUAGGAGUGAAUUUCCCUUUGCCUCCUCCAAUAUUUCCAAGUUAUCCUCCUGCUGUACCACCUGGAACCAUUCCUCCAGUUUUUCCCCAACCUACUGGCUGGGAUCACUAUGGAAGCAACUUAGCAUUGGGGGCAGCUAAUAUAAUGCCCUCAUCAUCUCAUCUCUUUGGCUCAAUGCCAUGGGGACCACCAGUGCCAGUUCCUGGGAAGCCCUUCCAUCAUACUUCAUACGCUGGUACCAUGCCUGUGGCUGGAGGAAUGCCAGCUGGUGUGCACAAUCAGUUCAUACCUCUACAGGUAACUAAAAAAAGGGUUGCAAACAAAAAGGAUUUUGAGAACAAGGAUGCCCCGAGUUGUCAAGCCGCCCUACUUCAGACUAGCCAGUCAGCAUCUGCUGAUGUCACCAAAGUAAUUCCACAGGAGAGUUUAUCAGCUUCCUUAAAGUCCUCUCAGAUUACUCAACUGGCGUCUCCUUUUCAAGUUGAAGCUGCCUCCCCAGGCCAUAGUAUGUCUCACCGUAAGUCAACACCAGGCUCCUCAAGAAGAAAAUCAAGAAAACUGGCUGUCAAUUUUGGAGUUUCUAAACCUUCUGAAUAAAUUUGGUACUUGGAAUUAAAUUAAUUUCAUUCCUUUCCUCCCACCUUUUUAUAAAUCCACAUCUGUCUCGUAAAAAAUUACAGUGUACUAUUUUAAAACAAUAUAUUUCAAUUAAAAUUUUUAGUUGCCAGGCACUUUUCAUGCUGUUUAAAAGACUGUACAUCAAAUUGUGCAUCUUAAGUAUGUGCAAUUUGUUUUACAUCAAUUAUACCUCAAUAAAGCUGUAAAAGAAGACUAAAUUCAACUUGGUGUUAAAAUAAUAUCAACGGACUAAGGAUUCAAAGGUACCACUCUAACCAUUGGCCUCAUCAUUAGAAGCAUCCUAAACUAUGAAUUAGACAACAUAUUGCAAUAAUUAUAAACAUUUUUUUACACUGUCAUUGAGGGAUAAUUAAAUGGAGCAUGAAAAUGGGCCUCAAGUAUAAUUUAGUGAAUGUGGAUUUUACUUCUCUUUUUAAUGAUGUCACAGAGUGUCAGGAGAAUGGCUCUUAUUUAUAGGUAUUUUAACUUAUGUUUUAUUAUAUCUGAGGGUCCUUUGGACCUGCUGUGAAGUGAUCACACUUGCGGUGGUGCUGCCAGUUUUGCUUUAUUCUCAAUUUUGUACCAAAGCAACUUCAGAAUACUGAUCAGACUAUUUCAUUUAACUGCUUAGAAUUAUAAAUAGCAAUCUAGAUUUGAGUAAAUAAUUACAAUUUUUUAGAUUAUUCAAGAACCAGCAUUAGUAAUUUCUAAUAAAAUUAAGUUUCACAAUCUACAGGGUAUAAUGAUUAAAAAUUAAUCUUCUAAUAGAAUAAAGUACAAAAUAUUAAUCAUGUUGUUAAUUAAAAUAAAUUGUGUUAUCAAUUUGUAUAGCUUUUUACCUGCUUACUUAAACAUACAUGAGAGCUCCAUGGUUGGUCCAUGUGUAGCGCUUCCUGGAACUGAUGAAAUUCUAAAUUUUUAAAAACUUCUGAGGUGUGCACAGGCACCAUCAGUGUAUACUGUACAUUAUUUAUAUGACAAGUGCCCGUCUCAUUCUCGUUCCAUAUUUUUAGCUUUAUGCUGAACUGCCCAGGGACUCUGGCAUUUUGUCUUUGCAUGUCACGUGUGGGUGUGUAUUUUUUCAAGCUGUAGCUGUUGAAAUUAUUUUAGAGUUUAUGAAAAUGUCUCAGUGGUACCAGGGCCUGAGUUUUUAUAUAUAUGUUUGUGCUUUCAUUUUUGUGAUACGCUUGUAUUUUUAAGAAAGUAAGUUAUCAUACUUUUUUAAAAGUAGGAACAACAAUCUUUGUAUGGAACUGCUUAUUAUUAUAUUUAGUUUCAUUUGGCUCAUUGAAAACUCUGCCAUGAGUCUUAGUCUGUUUGUUUUUAAAAAUGCUAGUAUUGAAUUAAAUGGAUUUCUUUCUCUAACUGCUAAAUGUUAGAGUUUCUCUGAAUGUUAAUAGGAUAUUUGUAUAUUAGUCAUGCCUUCAGUGUAAGAGAUAAAUGUUCAUUAUCUGUCAUUUAUCACAGUCAUGUGAGUUUCUAUGAUUUUAUUUUCUAUUAGUUUUCCUAGACUCAGAUGUUCAUUGGUUCCCAGAAUUUCUUUUUUGGGGAAUAUUUGUUUCUCUGUAAUGGGAUCUUGAGUAAUGAGGCUCAAGUAAUUCUCAGUGUUUGUCCUUAUUGCCUCAUGAACUGGUUUGUUUUUUUUUUUUUUUAAGGGAACAUCUAUUUGGGGUAUACAAUACAAAAAAUUAAAUUGUGACGAUAAGAUUAUGUCAACCUCUUACUACUUUAAAGUGUAUAAUAUUUUUCACCUUAUGUAACUUUAUAAACUCCAGCAUUCAAUAAUUGCCUCACUCAUCAUUGCUCUGUGACCACUGUAUAAACAGUGUACAGCCCACAUCUUUUUUAAAGCCCAGAAGAAGGAGCACGUGCCAUCUUCUGAAAACUCCAAGAGAAAUUUCGGUAAGCACAGUGCCCCUGAACCCAUAUAAGGAUGUUUCCUCAGUAUUCAGGCAAAGCAAGCUGACAAUUCUAGGUGGACAGGCAGUAAAAGUGUUUUCUUUUCAUUCUUUCUUCUCUUUUUAAAAAAUAUAUUAUUCUAAAAGUCAAGACUAAAGAGAGAUUAAAAUGGGAGAGAGCUCCAUAACGACUAGAUAGUGUCAGGCAUUCAUCUAUAUUCUCUUCACCCUGUACACCUAUUCUAAAUGUGGGCCUGAGAGCAGUAGAUGUGCCUUCUCUGGGGAGGAUGUAAGAGGCAGAGACUGUUUUUAUCUCAUGACCAUCUUGAGGAGACUAGAUCCACUAAUAGACUGGGAAACUUAACAGUUUUUCCUGUUUUGGAUGGUGCAGACUCAGAAUACCCCAAAGUUUAGAAAUACGCCCAUUCAACUGUUGAAUCCGUUGUGGCCUUUCUGUGGAAACCAUGGGCUGUAUAGGGCACAGAAGAGCAGAUUCCCCAAAAUGCUUCAUGUUUCCACGUAAUAAGAGCAGUUAAAUCUAUUUAAACCUUCUUCUCGCUGAAACAUUAUUUCUAAAUAUCCUUGUUCAAUAAAGUUUUUUUUCUUUUUUUGUUUCUUUUUGAGCAAAUUAAGUGAAUUUGAAGAUUGGUCCUUCAGUCUCUUUGUUCCUUUUCACCAUUUCCUACAUUACCUGAGCUUUAUAGUUUUACAAAUAGGCGGUAUUAAUUGACUGAAACAUCAUGUAGACUCAUGUCUUAAACGUCUGAGACUCAGUUACCUGAAAAAUUAAUUUCACCUCUGUGUGUAUCUUGGUUUCAGUUUAAGAUUAUCCUUGCUGUUCAGAGGGAUAAGUAGUUCUUUUAGAACUAAAAAGAUAAGUAGAUCUUUUUUUUCCUGUUGGUGGGAGAGAUGAAAAACUCUUGAUUCAGGUUUUUUUGUUUUUUAUUUCCUUUUCUUUAGUCAGGUACUUGCUUUGGUUUUAGACUGAUAUUUUUCAAACUAAUCUAGAUUUUCGGGGGAAGGGUCAGAGAGGGAGCCAGUUGGAAGA